AUGUCUUCUUGUUUUUUUUCCUCACCAGCAGCACCAUUACUAACAUCAUCAUCGUCCUACUCACCACCAGAGCCAGAACCAUCAGUUUCGUCAUCUUUUUAUUCACCACCAGAACAGUCAACAUCAACAUCAUCUUGUUUUUUCCCCCCGCCAGCACCACCAACGCAAACCACUUAUAAUUAUGAAUGGUCAGCAGAAGUUGAAAAUGUUUUGCAUAAUAUAUUUGGACUAGAAAGUUUUAGAAGGAACCAGUUGGAAGCCAUUAACGAAACACUCAAUGGAAAAGAUGUUUUUGUGCUAAUGCCAACUGGCGGAGGGAAGAGUUUAUGUUACCAGUUGCCCGCAAUGGUGGAAACUGGAAAAACAAAAGGGAUAACAAUUGUAAUUUCACCAUUGCUUUCACUAAUUAUAGAUCAAGUUUAUAAUCUGAAUAGGCGUGGUAUAUCAACCUUAUGUUUGUAUGGUGAACAAGAAGCUAAUCAAAGACAAAAUGUAUUUACUGAACUUGAAAAAUAUAAACCAAGUUGCAAGAUUUUUUAUUUAACUCCUGAGAUGUUAAAUAGAAGUACUGCAGUUGCAUCAGCAAUAAAAAGGUUGUACGAUAGAAAACAAUUGGCAAGAUUCGUUAUUGAUGAGGCUCAUUGUGUUAGCCAAUGGGGUCAUGAUUUUAGACCAGAUUAUAAAGAGUUGUGCAAUCUAAAAAAAAUAUAUAACGAUAUACCUAUUAUCGCUUUAACUGCAACUGCAACUCUUAAAGUCAAACUUGAUGUCAUGAAACUUUUAGAAAUUCAACAUUGUAAAGUUUUACAACAAGGAUUUAACCGAAAGAAUCUUUAUUAUAAAGUUUGUCCCAAAGAUAGUAGUAAUAAGGCGUUGGAAAAUCUUGUAAAACUCGUUCAAAGUCAUGGUGGUGGAUCGGGUAUUAUUUAUUGCACAGUUAAACUCAAAUGUGAAAAUGUUGCAAAAUACCUGCAACAAUCAAGAAUCUCCGCCAAGUAUUACCAUUCAGGUUUAGACAAGGCAGAUAGAAUAAAUGUGCAAAAUGAAUGGCAAUCUGGCAAGCUGCAGGUUGUCGUUGCGACCACUGCCUUCGGAAUGGGAAUCGACAAACCCAAUGUAAGGUUUGUGAUUCAUUACUUGCUACCACAAUCUCUAGAAGGGUAUUACCAAGAGACUGGCAGAGCUGGCAGAGAUGGUAAACCUGCUCAAUGUGUUCUAUUUUAUACAUUUAAAGAAUACAUAUUGAUAAAAAAGAUGAUAAACGGUGGAGAUGGAACUGAAAUGCAAAAACAACAACAGUUCUUAAAUUUAUUUUCAAUGAUGAAGUAUUGUGAAAAUAAUAUCGAUUGUAGAAGGCAGCAAUUGUUAGGUUAUUUUGCAGAAAACUUCAAUCCAGCAGAAUGCCAACAAACGUGCGAUAAUUGUCGAGAGCUUAUAAAUCAUCAAGUUGUGGAAACAGAUUAUUCAUAUGUAGCAAAAAAGAUUAUCGAGUUAGUUUCAGCACAUCAAGUCAAGAAUUUAACAUUAGUACAGUUUGAAAAAAUAUUUUUGGGAGAUAAUACUAAACCAACUAAAGAAUUGAUGAUAAAAAAAAAUAUCAAAGUCACCAAUAAUAUGAUCGAACCCAAACUUUCUAAAAUUGUUUGUGAAAGAUUAUUCCAAAAACUAAUCAUAGAUCAAAUAUUAGAAGAAGUGAUAAUUCAGAGAAAUACUGCCUAUUCAGUUACGUAUUUAAAGGUAAAUUCACGUUAUUCGCACGCAAAUAAUAAGAUAAUUUUAAAAGAACUUGUAUAA